UUACCAUUCUUGAAAGCAGACCAAACUAAUUUCAACUUCAAAGGCUUAUAAACGUUCUAUAACGAUCACUCUCAAAGAAUUUAGGGUUUUGUAUCUCAUUUGCAACCUUAGCAAAAAAAAAAAGGAUUUAGUGACAAAGAUUUGGUGAUUUAAAGAAGUGAGAUUUUGUAAAUAUGGCAUUGGGGAAGCGGUGUAGUUCAAUGAAGGCAAAUAGGGUUAGUGGUGGUGCUUUAGUGAGCGGAGAAGAAGAGGGGUUAGGGUUCAAGUUUGUGAGGUCAUAUUCAUUUGGAAGGAAAAGGGUUUUAAGUACUAAGAAUAAUGUUAACAGUGAAGAUCUGUUGAAUAUUGAUUCCACUUUUAAGUCUCCCUUGAAGAGGCUCCGCAGUUUAGAGCCUGAAAAGUCUAAUCUUGAAAGCCUGCCUCAAGAUAUCUUGAUCAGGGUUUUGUGUCGUGUGGAUCAUGAUGAUUUGAAGCAGCUUUUUCAUGUGUCGAAAGUGAUUAGAGAAGCUACUUUGAUUGCAAAAGAAAGUCAUUUUGCCUAUAGCACCCCAAGGAAGUCUCAAGGUUUUCGAUCUCCAUUUGAUCUUGAGAAUCCAAGUGAAUUGGAUGAAAUUGAAGCUCCAAAUGCGCCAAAGCAGCGAAGGUCUUACAAGUCACGGUUAAAUCGGAAGAGCAUUGCUGAUGUAUCAGUGGCAUUGUUUGCUUCGCCAAAGAAGGGGCUAUUCAUGGAAACAGAAAUGUGAGAGGCAGGGGUUUUGUAAAUACAAGUUAAAAAGAGGAGAUUAAAUUGUUGUAGAUAAAGGGUGAAAGGAGGAGGGUUUUGGGUUUUGGGUAUUUGGAUUUGAUCAGAUCUCAAUUCGGGUUCUGUACAUGGCAAUAAUCUUCACAAGUUACACUUUGACACAGACCAUUGUAGAUUCUUCAACAGCUUUCAUUGAAGAUAGGAUUUUUGGCCUGUUUUGUAUCUCUUCAAGUUACUAGCAUGCGCAAGUUAGGGAGGGAAUAUGGGAUAUUUAUUUGAGAGGAGGUCUUGGACCUUUCAUUUGGGAUAAAGAAUGAGAAUUGUUGUGUACAUUUACUUACUCGUUUUGUUUGAGUAAAAUAAAUAUGGAAUGUUUCCUCAUUAAUUC